AUGGCGGGCGUGGCAAUGCUUCCGGUAACGCUCUUGCUGGUUCCUGGCUCCAUCAUCUCAGGUGUCCUCGUGUCCCGCUUGAAUGCUUACCGCUGGUCUAUCUGGAUGGGCUGGGUUCUGGUGGCGGCUGCCUCGGGCCUUUUCAUCAGUUGGAGCGUUGAUACCCACUUGGUCGUCAACGUCGUCACUCUCGCCAUCGCUGGCAUCGGACACGGCCUCGUCCUUAAUACGCAGACCUUUGUGACGGGCGCCAUCGUCGAUGAAAGUGAUUCAGGUGCUGCGGCGGCCAUGUAUCUGUUCCUACGCAUGUUGGGGUCCGCUGUCGGUGUCAACAUCGGCUCAACAACAUUUCAAAACGUGAUGGCUGCAGAGCUCGAGCGGAAAGGCAUUACAAGAAGCAUUGCGCAGCACGCCGAGGAGUACCUCGUCGUUCUCCGGACGCUACCUGAUGAUUCGUUCAAGAGAAGCGUGCUGCAAUCGUAUGCCUCGGGUCUCAAGGGCGUACACAGCGUUUACGUUGCGUUGGCGGCGAUUGCCUUUGCUGCAAGCUUCUUGAUCCGCCACUAUGACCUGAACAAGGAACAUGUGACAGUUCACAAACUACAGGAAACUAGUUUCAUGAGAAAACAAAAACACCAGGUUUCGGCAGAUGCGUAA